AGAUUUUCAUCAGAUGAGCCCUUUAAUGGCACAUGUGAUCGUAAGGCGGCUGAAGCGCCAAUCAAAGUCGGACAAAUUUUCUAACCAGAAUGUAUUGCUGUUGUCAGGCGGCUGCAGAUUAUUGUGCCGCCGCAUGAAGUUGAACAAGCCUUACUUGUCUAGUGAGAUUUGGAUUGACACCACCUUCACCAAGGGUCUCAUUUAUAAACGCUGCGUACGCACAAAACGGGGCUGGAAAUGUGUGUGCGCCACUUUCCACGCAAAGGUUGUGAUCUAUAGUAUACAGUAUAUACUGUAUGUAUAUGAAUAUAGGCUUAUUUCUUUACGUUUUUUUCUCAGUAUUUCAAAAUAAACAAUGAAUCCUAAAAAUAGUUUAUGUAAAUGUUUAUGUAAAUGUGCUCCAUAAUUUAACAAAGAAAAUCUGUAUAAAUGGAAUAAUGGAACUCUGUUACGUCUUACCAGGUAUUUUUACAGUAAUAUACAUUGUCUGGAGUUGGAGUUACAGUAUGUAUUUUUUUCUAUCCUGCUAUCUCUUAUAGAUUUCAUGGAAAUGGCCAUUGGUGAGACUUCAUCCCCCCAUUCCUAAAGCUGCUCACCCAAAUGCAUCAUCCAGAAUAUCAGUGAUUGACAUGGGAAUCAGUCAGGAGGAGUGGGAUAGACUACAGAAGGCUCUUGACUGGCCUAGUCCAGAUCAUGAAAUCACUCAACUGAAUCUCAGCACAAGUCCAGUCCACACAACAUUCUCUAUUGUGAGACUCAAUGACACUUACAAUGUGGGAGAUAAGAUCUGUGUUACCAUCACAGCCAGAGAUCACAACAACAACUUGAAAACAUAUGGAGGGGAUUUUUUCCAAGUAAAGCUUUUCAAUUCCAAGUUAAUGGCAAGUGUUUAUGGGGAAGUUAUUGAUCAUCGUAAUGGGACAUACACUGUUGAUCUUCUGUUACCCUGGGAAGGACAAGCACAAGUUUCUGCGCGUCUAGUCCACUCCAGUGAAGUUGUGUGGAUUCUUAAAAAGUACUGGGAGACUUCAUUUCCACGCAGCCACUAUUAUGGAUACUUUGUAGGACCAGGACCCAAAGGAACCAGGAUAAGUGAAAAAGUGGAAUGUAAUCUUAAAUGGGGCUCUCGUGGAAGUUGGAGUAAAGGCAACUGCUGCUGUGAAUAUAAGGAUGUGAAAACAGAGACGGUGUGGCAGUGUGACAGACCAAAAGAACUUUCCUGUGACCACUGGGUGUAUCAUGAAAGAGGAGCUUUGAAAAGCCCAUUAAAUGCAUUUGAAAAUCAGGUUUUUACAAAGAAAUUAACAAAUGUUAAUAUACCAGGAGACAAAAAAAUCAUAAAUGUCCUUCCUAACACUGCAGGCAUUGUUAAAACGGAGAGAUGCAGAUCAGGUUUGAUCACACCAGUUCCAGCAGGAUUCUAUUUAAAAAAUUUCUGGAAGUCUUUUAUCUGUAACAAUCAGUUGUUUAAUGCUUCAAAAAUGGCAAAUUGUCUUAAAAACAAGAUUGUUUACCUGUUUGGAGAUUCUACCACAAGACAGUGGUUUGAGUAUUUCGAAAGAAAAUUACCAGGUAUAAAAAGAAUGAAUCUGCACACUCCUCGCACUGGUGGACCUCUGAUGGCUGUAGAAUUAAACAAUAAUAUCAUCGUUCAUUGGAGCCCACACAGUGUACCUUUACGAUUUUCUAAAAUGCUGAAAACCGAUCUGCAUCAUAUCAGCAAUGACAUCGAUGAAAUAGCUGGUGGUUCUCAUGCAGUCGUCGUCUUCACGUUUUUUGCCCACCUGGUUUUUCAUCCACUAACAUUUUAUGUCCAUGAAGUGGCCAAAAUGCGACAGGCUGUUAUCAGACUAUUAAUCCGAGCACCAGACACUACUGUCAUCAUCAAGUCUGGAAACACCGCAGGCUUAAAGAACAUUUUUCAAAGCGACUGGUUUGUGCUGCAGUUAAACACAGUAUUGAGAGAGAUGUUCAGUGAUAUUGAUGGAGUGAUGUACAUGGAUGUCUGGCAGAUGACAUCAUGUCACUAUCUAAAAGAAAACAUUCAUCCAGGUCCUGUUAUAAUUGCUAAUGAAGUGAACAUGCUGCUGUCACAUAUCUGCCAUCCCUGAUACAUGUAU